AUUAAUGCACCGGUAAACGAGACCUGAAUAUGAUGACCUAUAAAACCUGCCGCACUUUUAGGUGCCGAAUAGUCGAACCUCCACUUUGCGAAAGUGUGUCAGCGUCAGUCUGGGCUGUGUGGUUUACAGAGCAAGAUCAAAGUCACCAACAGACAGAGACCAACCAAGAUAGUGACAUCAUCGGAGGACUUCCGCCGCAUUGCUGACUCUGAUGCUGAUCAGGAUAAAAAUCAGAGCUUUAACCAGCCUCUGUCAGAAUCAACACCGACCAAGAGUGUGAGGCCUGCGUGCACCUGGACCUCCAGCAGAGCCCGAGCAGCCUUCAGGACAACCAAACCCAAAGGACAAGGACGUCUGAGCCAGAAACCCGAUGAACAUUAUGGCUUCUAAGAUGACGGUUGCCUGUGUGGUGGCAGUGAUGAUGAUGAUGGUGAUGACGGCAGAGGCAGCAGCCAUGCCUCGAGGCCACUCAAAGGUGGAAACCGUUCCCCUGCAGCUGGACUUCAACGCUAUAGUCCCUUCCAGAAGCAUCCGGGCGCUGGAGAACGCCUCCAUCUCCCCAUGGACGUACAACGUCUCCCACGACUCAUCCCUGUUCCCUCCUCUGCUGUCGGAGGCUCGCUGUUUGCUGCAGGGCUGUCUGAACGCCGACGGCCUGGAGGACCUGAGUCUGGAGUCCCGGCCCAUCAUGCAGCAGGUGCUGGUGCUGCGUCGGGUCGGGUCGGGUCGGACGGGCGACCACCACGGCUACCACUUCAGGCUGGAGUCACGCGUCAUCGCUGUGGGCUGCACCUGCAUCCGCCCCAUCAUCCAACACCAGGAGUGAAGGAGCAGAGCUCAGAUCAGCUGCCAGGUCCCAACUAAAUUAUUAUUAUGCCCUCAAACAUGAGUUGCAGUCUUAAAACCAGUUUUAUCUACUUUGUGUGGUUUUAGAGCUGUUGCUGCCAACAUGCUGCUCUGCAACCCACAAUCGUGUUCUGUCAUGUUUCCUUUAUUAAAUUUAACAGCUGUCAGUAAAAAGACUACAACAUUAUCACUGGGCUGUUUGUAUGUUGUAUUGUAUUUAUUUAAGUUAGUAUUUAAGUGCUUUGGUUUGAUGGAUAUUUAUUGGUUUUACUGAUGUUAAUGUAUUUAAGUGUCAGAGGCUGAACAUGGUGCAUCAAUAAAGGAGCAAACUAA